AUGGCGCAAACACCCGACAAGAUGGAGGGAGCUAUAGAACCUCCAAACGAUGUCCAUACAAACAAAUCGUCGUCACAUAAAGAAAAUCGUCGUCCAAAAUCUCGCGGUUCUACGACAAGCUCAACUACCGUCGCAUCGGCGAGUAAUUUUCCACCUGCUCAGCAGCAGCAGCGUCAACAACAGCAUCCCGACGACCCGACAAUGCCUCUCGAUCAGCACCCCUUCUAUAUUCAGCAUGGCCACCACCCAGCGUCUGCUAUAUACGGUCCGAAUCCAGAAGAAAUGCUGCUUCAUUAUCAACAUAACAUCGCAGCUGUACAAAUGCAACAACAAACUUUGAACCAAGCCAAUGGCUUACCACAGCAUGAUAUGCGACCCAUUUCCCAACAGGGCUUCCCAGAUAUGCAACACUUCCCUGUGCAGUAUCCUCAUGGCAUACCCCAAUAUGCUGUCCCUCCACCCCAUAUGCAUCAAAUGCGCCAUCAGUCUGAGCAAUUCGAAGGUUCUCCUGCCCCAGAAGAUUCGAAUACUGAGAAUGGUGGAGCGAAGCGACGGAAAGGAACCGCCUCAAGCGUUGCCAACGACCAAGAGCUACGCAGACUUCUUGCCCAAUAUCAAGGAAAAUCUUUGAAAGAAGUGGCUGCUGAAGUUCAGAGGAAUGAGGGUGCAGGUGGCAAAUCUGAAAAGGCCAAGCAGGUCUUUGCAAUGCUUUGGCUCCAAGAAAAUUGCGAGCGAUCGUCAAAUUCCGUUCGUAGAGACCGUGUCUUCACACGCUACACAGAGCGCUGUGGUAAUGAGCGCGUUCCUACUCUCAACCCAGCAUCCUUUGGCAAGCUUGUACGGAUUAUCUUCCCAAACGUCCAGACCAGAAGACUGGGUGUGCGUGGCGAAUCGAAAUAUCAUUACGUCGAUCUAUCACUCAUUCAGGACGACGAAGAUCGUCAAUACGUCCCUGCUCCAUAUGAGAGGCCUGGGACUGCUAACGGAGGCCUACACGUCAGAACGAAUUCUGCUGCAGAUGCGAGCAAAAUCUUUCGUGCCCACGUCUCGCCACCAAUUGAGCGCCCAAUGUCGCGAGCAACAAUGGAGACAGCUGAUUUCCCUGCUCCUAGCGCUGCAUUCUUACCCAAGGAAGAUACGACUGAGCGACCUGUUGAGCCCGAAUCGAGAGACCUCGUCAAGGAAAAGAUCGACUGCAAGCAUGCAAACACUCCCACAAUCAGAUUUCCAAUCAAGACCAUGCACGCCAAUACGGUCGCCGCUUUGCCAUCUCUAAGACCAAAUCUCCCCGCGUCUAUAGCGACUUAUCUUGCAAUGCCCUCGACUAAUUCCCUCUCACAACUAUCGACUUCGUCUCAAGACACUCUAAUCGAACUUCCGGACAUCCACGCAUAUCUCACGGAAACGAACUAUGACCAUACUAUUGCAGAGGCGUUAUUUCACCUGUAUCGUUCUUACUGUAUUGACGUUAUCGAUGCGUUCAGAAAAUGUAAGGAAAAGCCUUUCUUCAACCACCACUCGGCUUUCAAUGGCAAGAUGACAGUCCCUGUUUCGAAAUUAUUCUCAAUGGAGUGUCUUGCACCCUGGAUCCAAGAAUGCGACAUGCGGAUGUACAAACAAAUUGUGCGAUUUAUUGCUCCCCUGGCUGUCCAAAACGUCCCAGAUAUGGUAUGGAAUGUAUUUGAACGAAUUGGCGCCAAGCUCGUUACCCACUUGAUAUCUGCUUUCGAGGAGAAGUGUCCGCUUCACGUCGUUGUUGCAAAAGCCGUUCCUGCGGCGAGAUUUGCACAUUUGUUAAAGAAGCUCAAAGGUGCGAAUGCUGCUACACUGCAGCUGAGCCAUAUGCUAGAGGAUACACAACAACGAACGCAAAUGUGGUUGGAUCUCAUGGCGAUGGUUGAUCCCGAUCGAUUGGUGGAAGAAAGCAUGCCUCCACCUGAGAGUUUGAUGAAGAUGCAAGCCAUGCUGAAGGAAGACAUGCGGCCACUGAUCUCACCUAUGGAUGGUGAGUUAGUACGUGCUGCCGAGGACGAUCCCACAAGUGCAUAUGCAACUUUCCUCAAGGAACAAUUCGACUAUGAAACAGGAAUAUUACCAGCAGAAAGUGAUGAGGAUCCAAUUCCGCUACUCGAAAGAUGGAUCAAAUGGUUGGAACACCUACCACAGAUUUUCAGCGCUCAUCACCCCCAAUGCAUGGUUGAUUGGCAUACACGAUUAUGGAGAAGUGUUAUGAUGCAGAUAGGUCAAGCAGGCGCCCACAGCUACCAAUCUUGGUGGUUCGUGGAGUCCUUUACAACUCAGAUGCUGAACUGGAUGACUGAAAUGGAAGGACUGCUUAUGGAAGAGAAAGCUCAGAGCGCUGCAGAUGACAAGGAACGAGAGAAAUCAAAGGAAGUCACGAUCCGAGCAGAACCAUUUGAGAGCAAAAAGCGAAAGCGCUCCCGAGAGGAUGACACAAGGAGUGCGAUUGAGACAGCUGAGCUCGGAAUCCCACAUGCGAAGAAGGUCGACAUAACCUCCAAGGAGUCGCCUGUUCUGCCCACCAACCGACCUGAGCAACCAAUGAGCCAUGAAGUGGAUGACGAUGAGACCGAUGCAGAAUUGGACGAGCUCAGUCGUGGUGGGCCACUGGACCUACCAAGUUUUCAUACUGGUUUGAGCAGCCCCGUCAAAAGAGCACCUGGUGCGCAUCCACAUGACGAUAGUGGCAUCGAUCUUGGACUCGACAUAGACGCCGAGGCUGAAAAGGAGGCCAAGAAAUUCAACAAGAGAGAUUGGCUCCUUAGCAGCGAUCCAGUCGAUUCGCCAAUUGGGCUGGGUGUCACGGUCUGA